AUGAAUGUUAAAAUUUAUUUGUCGUUGUCGGACGAUUGCGAGCAGCAGCGAUUCGGUGCGAAAGUUUCUCGGUGAAUUUAAAUAUAUUUGGAUUGAUUAUUGAAAAUAAGGCAAUAUCCUGUGGUAAUGUUCGAGUUUGUUGCGAUUUAAAACUGUAAUUUCGUGAGAUUUGCGUUAAUUUGUUUUGUAAUUACUGUGUACUAAAUUUUUCGUGAGUGACGAUUUUAGGUUUUUAACCAAGAGAAAACAAGAUAUUUGUGAUAAAUAAAGUCUCACGACUAAAAUACCAUUUCCUUCAUUGAUCUUGCUAUGAUUUCGCAAGUGUUUCGAUGUAGAAAUGAUUUGUUUUGUAACAUAAUAUAACCUCAUCCGACCCCUUUGUGAAUACGUCGAACAAUUCCAUCGAAAACUGUUCCAUUGUGAAGUGCGAGGUGUCUCGUGGGGGGUUUUUCUGACUUGUCCUAUAUGAUUCAACGCGAGUAUCAAAUGAACAACGGGUUCAGUACAGGGGAAGAAGAUUCUCGAGGAAAUUCCGACCAAAUAUGUUGCCUUGUGGAUGACGGCGAACGGUGCAGGCGUUCCGCUGGCAAUGCGUCGUACAGCAAGCGGAUUCAGAAAACCGUCGCCCAAAGAAGGCUCAAGCUCAACAUAGACCAACAGGCAAGGCACACAUACAUCUGUGAUCAUCACAAGAAAAUGAUCCAGUGCGCCAGGACAAAAAGGCCGAAGGACUCGGAGGACGACAGCAAUGAGGCAGAGACGGACUCUCCGGAGGUGGACUGGUACCAGCUGCAGGUGAACACCCUCCGGAGGUACAAGAGGCACUACAAGGUGCCCACCAGGCCUGGACUGAACAAGGCGCAGCUAGCUGAUACAAUUCAGAAGCACUUCAAAUCCCUGCCGGUCAAUGAGAAGGAAAUAGUGACCUAUUUCAUUUACAUGGUGAAAACAAAUGGCAACAAAUUAGAUCAGAAAAAUGGAAUAAAUUCAGACACUAUUUAAGUUUAUAUUGUGAAUGUGAUGUGUAUAAUUUAUAGAUUUAGCUUUAUUUUAGAAUUUAUUUCAUUGCU